CUAAAUUGACAACAAGUUUUUUAGUUACAUCUAAAAUGGCGGAAAAUAACACUGAGGAUUUCGAGUACCAUGUUGUAUUUCCUCCUACCGUAUCGAAAGCUACCGGCGAUGAAUGCUUUGGCGAUGGUCAAGAAGACAAAUCUUCCCACGAAACGGUUGUCGUUCUGCUUGGCUGGGCUGGUUGUUUAGAUAAGCACCUGGCGAAAUACAGUGCAAUUUAUCAGCAAAAGGGGUAUGCUACGAUCCGUUAUACAGCGCCCACUAAACAUGUGUUCCACCAGACAGAAAAAAUGCGUGAAACUGCUAUGAAGAUUUUGGAAUUGUUAUUCGAUCUUGGAUUGGAAGAAAAUAACAUCUUCUUUCAUGUAUUUAGUAAUGGGGGAUGCUUUCUUUAUCGAUUUAUAACUGAAAUUCUGCAUGACCAUAAAAGUGGUGAGCUCACAAUGCUUCGAGUGUGUGGUUGCAUCUAUGAUAGUUGCCCAAUUGAUAUAACCCUGAAGAACUUGUUUUUUGCAAGAUUCAACGCUUUGACUGCAAAUACAGGUGGAGGACUGUUAACAAGAAUUUUCAGUGCUGUCGUCAUUUUAACGGGAAUCAUCGCUAGUUUCUUCUACCCACCAGCUUGGGGCAAUAUGAAACUUUGGUUCUCAUUUAUGUCAGCUAUGAAAGAUGAUCGCGGUCGUUACCCGCAACUUUACCUUUAUUCAAAAGCAGACGUCAUUGGUCCGUAUGUUCCCAUUAGCAAUAUAAUUGCUGAGCGACGCAAGCAUGGGAUAGUAGUUGAUGAAAAAUGCUGGACUGAUUCACCACAUUGCGGCCACCUGAAGGUUCAUCCCGAAGAGUACACAAAGUUGUGUCAUAGCUUUAUAGAGAAAUGCUUAUCUGAAGAAACAGAAAUCUAAAUAUAUCAUUAUCUUAGCAUCACCGAUGAUGUAACUCUUGAAAAGACGAUAUGGAUUGCCAUAAAAAUAGCAGAUUAUAAGACAUUGCUAGUUGAGCUUAAAAGUUCUUUGAAAUUGUAUUAUUCCUUUGUUGAGAAAUGUUUAUCCAUAAUAGCACUUCAGUCAAUGCAAUCCAAAAAAGUGCAGCAGAAAAGCCUAAAGAAAGGCAGCUAAUAUGAAUAACCACUGGAUAGAUCCAUUUUUAGCAGUUUUUAUGUUAUUAAGCCUGGUUGGAAAACAAUUGUUAAUAUUUUGCAUAAUUUGGAUGCAAUUUCUAUAAUUUAUUGCAAGAUGAAAAAUCUAAAAUUAUUUUACAAAAAAUAUUUAUCAUCAUUGUUAUCUUUCUAUAAACUGGAUGACAAAGUUGGAAAGAAAUGAAAAAAUAUCAUUUUGAGUUUAACAAGUCAACCAACCAGAGAAGAAUUUCUUUU